GAACCCUAUCUGUGCCUGUGGUGGUGUGUCGUUGGCAAAUUGUAGUAAAUAAGAAUUAACAUCCAAUUAUGAGUCGUUUCUUCGCUACCGGCUCGGACUCUGAGUCGGAAAGUGUCACCGAUGAGGAGCCAGUAGUACGCGCACCAGCUCCUGUAUAUACCUUUAGCGAUGAUGAAGAGGAAACGAAACGGGUGGUGCGUUCAAUGAAAGAGAAGAGAUAUGAGGAACUGGAAGGUAUCAUCCACUCCAUACGUAACCAUCGCAAGAUUAAAGAUUUUUCAUCAGCUCUUGCAUCAUUUGAAGAAUUACAGAGGGCUUAUACUAGAGCGGCACCUGUCGUUCAAAAGGAAGAGAAUGGAAUUGCUCCUAGGUUUUUUAUCAGAGCUCUAGUUGAAUUAGAUGACUGGGUAGCUGGAGCUUGGGCUGACAGGGAUGCCAGAAAGGCUCUCUCAAAGGGUAACAGCAAAGCCCUAACAUCUCUUCGCCAAAAGCUAAGGAAAUACACAAAAGACUUUGAAGCUGAGAUAUCAAAAUUCCGUGAAGACCCAGAUCUACCUGAUGAUGAUGACGAGCGUAAAGAUACUUCAUCAUCUGAUGAAUCUGAUGACGAAGACAAGCCCAAGGAGAAACCUCGCGCCCGGCGGUCACCAGAGAUGCGCAGGCGUGCACCUCCGCAAGAUGAGGAUUCUUCAGAUACUAUGGACUGGGGCUCAAGUUCCUCAGAGUCCAGUUCUGAUUCUGACUAUGAAGAAAGGGGUGCUACGACAAUCCGAGAGCGGUUUCUUAAAAAAAUCACUGAGAGGGAAGAGGAUGAAGAGAGAGAUAGACGUAGGACUAAGAGACGUGAAGAAAGACAAGGUAGAGCUGGUAAGAUAAGCAAAAAAGACCAAGCCGACGAUGGAGGUGAAUGGGAAACUGUUACUAAAGGAGCAGCCACCUCAGAUAAGCCUAAAAUGUUUGCCAAGGAUAGUGACAUUGAUGUGCCUCUGGUUGUGAAGAAGUUGGGUGAAAUCAGUGCUGCCCGCGGCCGUAAACGUACUGAUCGUCGAGCACAACUUGAACUAUUGCAUGAGCUAAGAACUGUCGCUCAACAGCACAAUCUUGGCGAUGCUCUUCAGCUGAAACUUCGCGCUGCUUCAGUUGCUGCACUCUUUGAUUACAACCCUAAAGUAUCAGAUGCAAUGAAACCAGAAUAUUGGUCACGACUUGUAGAAAAUGUUGAUCAUAUGGUCACUUUACUUCUAGCCCAUGAAGACAUGAUCUUGAGUCAGUCUGUUCUUGAAGAAAAUGAACAACUAGUCACCGCACCCUUCAAGGUGCGUGGUUGCUUAUUGACAGCUUUAGAGAGACUCGACGACGAAUUCACCAAACUUCUGAAAGAGUGUGAUCCUCACUCAAAUGAAUAUGUUGAGAGGUUGAAAGAUGAAGUGAGGGUAUCUGCUCUGAUCGAUCGCGUGUGUCAAGUCGUCGAACGCGAUGGGACACCACAAGAAAUCUGUAGAGCUUACCUUCGCAAGAUCGACCAUUUGUAUUAUAAAUUUGACCCACGUGCUGUCAGGAAAGAUUUACCGCCUGGUGAAGAAACCACCAUCAAGAAAAUGGAGCGUCUCUGCAAGUUUAUAUACGCUAAUGACGACACUGAUCGUUUGAGAACUCGCGCUAUAUUAUCUCAUAUUUACCACCACGCUCUGCACGACAAUUGGUUCCAAGCGCGAGACCUUUUACUGAUGUCUCAUCUCCAAGAAAAUGUGCAACAUUCUGACCCAAGCACACAGAUAUUGUACAAUCGCACAAUGGCAAACCUAGGUCUAUGUGCGUUUCGUCGCGGUAACGUUAAAGAGGCACACGGUUGUUUAGCUGAGUUAAUGAUGACCGGAAAGCCAAAAGAAUUGUUGGCACAAGGUUUACUACCUCAGAGACAGCACGAACGUUCAAAAGAACAGGAGAAGAUAGAGAAACAGCGGCAAAUGCCAUUCCAUAUGCAUAUAAAUUUGGAGUUGCUAGAGUGCGUGUAUCUUGUGUCGGCGAUGUUGAUUGAGAUACCUUACAUGGCCGCCCAUGAGUUUGAUGCCAGGCGUCGCAUGAUCAGCAAAACUUUCUACCAAAACUUGCGUGCUAGUGAGAGACAGGCUUUGGUCGGCCCACCAGAAUCUAUGAGGGAGCAUGCAGUCGCCGCCGCUAGGGCUAUGCGACGCGGAGACUGGCGUGCUUGCCUCAAUUUUAUUGUCAAUGAGAAAAUGAAUGCUAAGGUGUGGGACCUUAUGGUUGGCGCAGACAAUGUGCGCGCCAUGCUCGGUCGUCUCAUCCGAGAGGAGUCACUUCGCACUUACUUAUUCACAUACGCUCAUGUGUACGCGUCGUUAUCACUCAAAUCUCUCGCCGAUAUGUUCGAGCUGCCUCGCCAACGUGUACACUCACUCGUGUCCAAGAUGAUCAUCAACGAGGAACUGCUCGCGUCGCUCGAUGAUCCCAGCGAAUGUGCAAUCUUGCAUCGAUCCGAACCGACGCGCAUGCAGGCGUUGGCUCUACAGCUCGCUGACAAAGUCGGCAACCUAGUGGACUCCAAUGAGAGAAUAUUCGAGAAGCAGGGCUCGUUCUUCCAGCGUGGGGGCGCGGGCCGAGGUGAAGGUCGGCAGAGGGAACAACGUCGCGAGGGCUGGAACAGGCGCACGCGUAACCGUCGCCGAGAUGACGAGCGCAGCCACGACGAUUAGAUUACAAAAAUCACCUGAGCAUAUUCUAUUUAAGGUGUAACAUAUUGUAUAACCCAACUAAUUUGGCGUGUCGUGAAUCUUCGUUUCGACAAUAAUGACUAAAUGUAUUAUCAAAAUUUAUAAUCAGUAUUUUUUUAAUUAUAAGGUGUAAAAUACACCGAACUAUGCUUCCGCCUCGAGUCGCUUGAUGGAUGGUGCGUUACUUGAAUAAUUCAGAUCGGUCAGGAUUUGCAAAGUUUCCAAAAUUUAACCUUUGUGCAAGUACAUCGGCAAGCCAUAUUAGUUGUGUUUUACACCUCAAACCGCUACCUGUCUUCAUCAUCAGUUGUGUACUUUAUUUACCGUUUUGUAAUUAAACGCCAAUGGAUAUUUUUCUU